AUUUUAUAGACCUCGCCUUCGAUUUUUAAUUUUUGGACGUGUUUGUGGCAUAAUGCACAUACCACACGUGGCUGCAGCAAAAAGCAGGGAUUGUAUAAAGUGACUGACAGCUAAUACUUGGAUCUACUCUAUGCAAGUUAUGGGUGAGGAGAAUAUUUCUAAGCACCUCAUAAAGCUGGUUCAAGACGGACAGUUGAACACGCUUCAAAAAGAAAUCAACAAUGACGACGACAUCAAAGAGUUGGUGGUCAGAGGACAUUUCGGUAGGUCUGGAGAUACGGUCUUGCAUUAUGCGGGUAGACACGGACAUUUGGAUAUUAUUAAGUAUUUAGUUGAAGAAAUAGGCAUGGACAUUGAGCUGUACAACGGUGAUUAUAAGAGGCCACUUCACGAAGCCGCUUCAAUGAGCCACGCAUCCUGUGUCAGCUACCUGCUAACGAGAGGAGCAAAAGUGGAUAGCUUGAAAAAGGCAGAUUGGACCCCCCUGAUGAUGGCCUGCACCAGGCGUAGUCUUGAGGUGAUGGAGCUGCUGCUGGGGGCUGGAGCGAGCGCCUCCCUGAAGAACAAGGACGGCUGGACGGCCUUCCACAUCGCCUGUCGAGAGGGAGACCCAGCGGUGAUACAGCACCUCCUUCUGGUCGAUAGUGAGAUCUGGAGGACGGAGAGCAAGACCAAGCGUACGCCUCUGCACACAGCAGCCAUGCAUGGAUAUGAAGAAGUGGUCCGGAUUCUUCUAGAGAGGUGUGAGUAUGGCCGAGAUAGCAAAGAUAGCUGUGGUGUGACUCCCUUCAUGGAUGCACUGAGAAGCGGUCACGUCAACGUCGCCAAAUUGCUGUUGGAAAAACACCAGGCCUCUCCUGUGGCGGUGGACGUGUUGGGGGUGCCCCCGCUGCACCAGGUGUGUGUGACUGGCCAGGAGGGGGCGUUGCACUACCUGGUGGGGGAGCUGGGGGUGGACGUCAACACCAAGGCCACCAGGAUGCAGCUGACCGGCCUGCACUACGCCGCCAAGGAAGGACACACCAGCACCAUUAAGACCCUUCUAGAACUAGGAGCAGAUCUGUAUGCUACAGAUACAAAGGGACGAACAGCUCUACACAUGGCCAGCAUUGGUCAGCAUGCGGCGACGGCGGCUGCUCUGCUGUCACUGGGUCUGAGGGACUCAGCCGACGCAUCCGGAGUCAGAGCAGCUCAACUGGCCAAGAAGCCCGACCUCAGAACAGUGCUGCAGAGUGAAUGAGAGUUGAAUAGAUGUUUGCGUGUCUGCAUGAGUGCACCUGCAUAUGUAGUAUGUGUGCAUGUGCAGAUACACUUGCUAGACCAGGGAACUUUUUAUGCCACAUUUUUUUCAUCACCACCAUCGGACUACAACUCUGAGCUCGAGGCGCAGG